AUGUCUCAGGACAGCACGGACACUUCUGAAGAAUCGACACCUUGGAUUUGCACUUCUUUAAACUUAACCUGUGUCUUCAACUCAACCACAAACCAGUCACUUUCAGAAUAUGUCCAGUUGUUUCCAGACUCGAUCCAGCUGGAGGCAACUGGGGACGCAGCGGCUGUGCUGAGGAUCCUGAUCUCUGUCGUGUACUCUUUGGUGUGCGCACUGGGGCUUGUUGGAAACGUACUGGUGCUCUACUUAAUGAAAUCUAAACACGUUUGGAAGAAGUCAUCUAUAAAUCUGUUUGUGACGAGUUUGGCGCUGACAGACUUCCAGUUCGUGCUCACUCUGCCGUUCUGGGCGGUGGAAAACGCGCUGGAUUUCACGUGGCUGUUUGGUAAAGUCAUGUGCAAAGUGGUUUCGUAUGUUACAGCCAUGAACAUGUACGCCAGCAUGUUUUUCCUCACGGCCAUGAGCGUGGCGCGGUACUGCUCCCUCGCCUCUGCGCUCAAGGGCAGGAGACGCCGUGCGCACUGCCCCUCCGCGCGCUGCAUCACGGUUUUUAUCUGGCUCUCAGCUGUUUUGGCCGCUCUGCCUCACGCCGUUUACUCCACCACAGUCACGGUGUCCAGUGAAGACCUGUGUCUGCUCAAGUUCCCAGACAACAACAGCACGGCGCAGUUCUGGUUGGGAUUGUACCACUCACAAAAAGUGCUACUCGGGUUUGUUUUCCCUCUUUGCGUCAUUUCUGCCUCUUAUCUUCUGCUUCUGCGCUUUAUUACACCUCAAAACAUCAACAACUCAAGCGCAAAGAGACGCGCAAAAGUCACCAGAUCUGUGAAAAUAGUAGUUCUGUCGUUUUUCCUGUGCUGGCUCCCUAACCAAGCCCUAACAGCGUGGGGGAUUCUCAUCAAACUCAACGUGGUGCACUUUAGUUAUGAGUAUUACACAACACAAGUGUACGUUUUCCCCGUGUCAGUGUGUCUGGCGCACUCCAACAGCUGCCUGAACCCCAUCCUCUACUGCCUGAUGAGGAGGGAGUUCAGAAAAGCGCUGAGGAAACUCUUCUGGCGCAUGACUUCUCCAAACGGAACCAACAUCAGGCCCAUUACCGCGAGCACAAAGCCCGAGAGGGAGGAGCAGGUCCAAGCAGGGCUCCCCAUCAGUGUGUCUCAAGAGCCCGCAGUGGUGUUUUACCCUCCUGGAGCUGUCAUGUACAACGACAGACAGGACCUGCCCCAAAACAGCACCUAA